AUGUCGUCUAGCUCAUUACUUCAAGGCGUAUUGAGGCCUACUGUCGAGGCCGCUGCUGCCAAAGCCAGCGCAUCAAACCCUGCGAGCCCUACGAAACCCAAGUCACCUGUGGAGCAAAAUUACAGCGAUGCAGACAGUCGACGGGGCGUUCAGGUCGACCAUCUGGCAGCAAUGAUGGGCCGCAUAGAAAUCAAGCGCCCAAAGACUCCUGAUCAGCAGAACGAUAGCGAAGAUGAACUGAUUGGAGUUCAAACACUACCGAACACUCCUGGCGUACUCUCUCGACCUUCAUCGAGGCCCGGAUCGAGAGCCGCAUCUCCCAGUCGGCUAGGAGCCUCUGGGCGAAAACUACGUGGGCCACUUAUGCUAGGCGGCGCUGUUCGUCACACGGACCCGAUCCGAGCAUUCCCAACCGAAGUCGGUCAGAAGAUAUUUAGCCAGCUUGGCAUCCAUGACCUGGCCAAGUGCGCCAGGGUAUGUGGUCGAUGGAAGAGGAGCCAAACAUUAAACUAUGUAUGGUUCCAACACUACCGAAAGGACAACUUCCAGGAUGAGCACUUGCCUGCAGGCAAGUGGACAAGGCGAGAAUCCAAGCAAGAUUGGCGCGUUACGUACCUAAGAAUUCAGAGGACAUCAGACUACAACGGCCCGCGAGUAGCCGCUGAUGCAGACGCCCUCGGCUCGGGCUAUGUAACUCCAAAGGAGAUGAGGGAGGCACAAUGGGCCAGCGAGGCCAGCGCUGCUAAUCUCAAACCCAGCAGAGUAGAGGCUAGGGCGAUGUAUAAAGAUCUAGGCGGCCGAAAGUUCAAAGGCAAGAACAAAUUCGGAAGCGAAACUAGAGAUCGUGGAGGCUGGGGCGACGGCGGCGAUUAA